GCCGAUGGAUCAAUGUUUUCCAAAACAUCUCGAAGUGCUAUUCUAUCAGCCCGAUGGGGUCCGGGGGUUUCUGGGACCACUGUUCGAUACCUUCGAAACGUUUCACAAACGGCACCCCAGCCCUAUGCCUGUGACAUCGACGCAGAACCUCUCCAUCGUUAUUGUGCAGGAGGCUACCACCCACUCAAGCUUGGUGAUGUUCUCAAGCAAGAUAGAUACAAAAUCCUGCACAAACUCGGAUGGGGCGGCUAUUCAACCACCUGGGCUGCCAUGGAUCGAAAAGAAGAUCGAUACGUCGCUGUUAAGGUCUCGGUGUCGCAAAAGAGUGACAGUCAAGAACAGCACAUCCUACGCGCGAUUUCAGCGCUUCCCAGAGUCCACCCGGGUCGUAACCAUGUGGUGCAGAUGUUUGACCAUUUCGAAGAAAAAGGGCCCAAUGGCACACAUGACUGCCUGGUUUUGGAACUGCUAGGUCCAAAUGUACCCGAUCUGAUCGACUCAUCCUACAGCGACGAGAGAUUACCAGCACGUCUAGCUAAAAUAGUCGCCCGUCAAGCCUUAUCAGGAGUUGAUUUCCUCGCAACACACCAAAUCGGACAUGGUGACCUACACACAGGGAAUCUAGCUUUCAAGAUACCUGUUCUUGAUCAUUUAAGCGAGGAACAUUUUCGCGAGAAGAUUGGCAAGCCCGAAACUGCCUUGGUGACAAGAACAAACGGCAAGGCAUCAGGAGAUCCUGGACCUAAUGUGCCGCCUUACUUGGUCCGCCCUACUUCUUUUACGAAGCACAUCCGUGAAGGCUUACGCAUGAAUCCAUAUAUCAAAAUCAUCGACUUCGGCGAAUCAUUUCAAAUGCCGAAUGCACCCACAAAACUUCAUACGCCGCUGGUAGUGAGGCCACCGGAGUGUAUCUUCUCCGAUCGACUGGAUCAUCGUGUUGACUUGUGGAGCAUGGCUUGCUUGUUGUUUGAACUGGUCACUGGACAGCCACCCUUCGAUUCAAUAAUGGUGACUCCCGACACACUCAUUCCACAAAUGAUGGAAUGCUGCGAGGAUGACUUGCCAGAUCUCUGGCUGGAGAAAUGGCGGCAGAUGAAUAAAAUCAAGCCCAGUGAUGACCCACCCUGCACUCUACAGGAAUGGUUGGAGGAGGUCUAUUUCAAUCCCGACCGUGACUCUGGGUUCACUAAGCAGGAUAUUGAGAGGGUCGGAUACCUCAUCUCAAGAAUGCUGAAAUUCGAGCCAUCGUCUAGGGCGCAGGCAAAGGAGAUCCUGGAGGAUCCGUGGUUCAGUUCUUAA